AUGCGCGUGGCGUGCCAUAGUGAGCCUGUGCUGGCUGCAAUAGCUGGAGAUGCUGCAAAUGAUGACGGUGGAUUGCCGUCUGCGAGCCUGGCAUGCCUGGAGCAAAGUCUGGAGCGUGCUCGCAGCCUCUCCGCCACCCCGAGCGGCUCGGACCAGGACGAGGCUCAAAUAGGGAGUGCUGAGUACCAAGUAUGGCUGGCACAGCACCCCUGCCUGCUCACCAAAUUUGAGGAGUUUCAAAAGCAGCUUGACGGGCGGAGGCUUGCUGUAUUCCUUGAUUAUGACGGCACCCUCACGCCGAUCGUCAGCAAUCCCGAUGCCGCCAUCAUGUCAGACCAGAUGCGGGAGACCGUGCGUCAGGUGGCGGGCAUGUUCCCCACUGCCAUCAUCAGCGGCCGCGGGCGCGAGAAGGUGGAGUCGUUUGUGAGGCUGCCUGAGCUCUUCUAUGCCGGCUCCCACGGCAUGGACAUCGUCGGCCCUUGCGGCGCCACGGUCGGCAGCACGGCAGGCGGCGGCGUUGUUGGCGGCGGCAGCGGCGACGGUGGUGUCGUGGAGCAGUUCAGGUUCCAGGCGGCGGCGGAGUACCAACCGCUGAUUGACCGCGUGUACAGCCAGCUGCGGGAGAGCCUCGAGUCGAUCCCCGGCGCCAGCGUCGAGCACAACAAGUUCUGCGUGUCGGCGCACUUCCGCAACUGCCACCCCGACAGCUGGCAGCGCGUCGUCUCCGCGGUCGACGCCGUCGUGGCCGGCGCCGGCGGCGGCCGCCUGCACGUCACGCGCGGGCGCAAGGUGCUGGAGGUGCGGCCGACGGUGGACUGGGACAAGGGUUCGGCGCUGCUGCACCUGCUGGGCGUGCUGGGGCUGGCGGGGCAGCCGGACGUGACCGCCAUAUACCUAGGGGACGACAAGACGGACGAGGACGCGUUUGCGGCGCUGGCGGGCGCCGGCGCGGGCGCGGGCGUGCUGGUAUCGACGGUGGCCAAGCCGACCGCGGCGGCGUUCACGCUGCGGGACCCGGGGCAGGUGCUGCAGCUGCUGCAACGGCUGCUGGCGUACGGCGCGGGCGGCGGCAACGGGUGGCGCGUGUACGGCGGCCGCUGCAACGGCUGGGCGCCUGCGCCGGCAGUGCGUGCGCCGGCAACCGAGGACGGCAGGGCCGCGGCGGGCAGCGAGGGUGAGGAGGGCGUGGCUGAGGGCGAUGCCACUCGACCGCAGCUGCGGCAGCAGCUGCGGCAGCAGCAGCAGCAGCAGCAGCAGCAGCAGCAGCAGCAGCAGCAGCAGCAGCAGCAGCAGCAGCGUCAAGGGCAGCGCGACGAACAGGCCCAUCAGCAGGCUGCAGGCGAAGGCGCCAGCACAGGGUGGCAACACGGGCAGUCGCCUGACGGCGGCGGGGCAGCGGAUCCGCUAGCUCUGCCGCCUCGGCAGCACACCGAGCAGCAGCAACAGCAGCAGCAGCAGCAGCAGCAGCAGCAGUGCGUGCUCGUGCACCACAGCCAGCAGGCUCCGCUCUUGAAUGGAGACCAGAAGCAGCACCGAGAAGCAGACGCCGCCCUCGGCGUCAGCGGGCGAUGCCAGGCCUGA